AUGAUUUAUUGUGGUGAAGGAGAAAUAGGUGAUAAUCACCAAAAAUUUAUCUUCAUAUUUGAUGCAGGAUCAUCCAAUCUAUGGGUACCGAGCAAAAAAUAUACCAGUAUUGGACGUAGAGACAAACAUUUGUACGAAUCAAGUAAAUCAAAUUCAUAUGAAAAAGAUGGUACGAAAGAAUCAAUAACAUACGGUUCAGGAACUGUCGAAGGAUUUUUCAAUAAAGAUUUAGUUACCCUUUGUAAACCUUCCGUACCCUAUAAAUUUAUAGAUCUAACAGACAAAGACAACUUAUAUCCUGUAUACAAUGAAGUAACAGUCGAUGGUAUAUUAGGUAUGGGAUUGAAAGGUAUAUCUGUAGGUUCUAUUGAUCCCAUUGCCCUUGAGUUAAAAAAUCAGAACAAAAUAGAUAAAGCCCUUUUCUCCUUUUAUUUAUCUGUCCAAGACAAACAAGCACAUUAUUUAACUAUAGAAGGAGCAUAA